AUGACCGCACUGUUGAACGUGCUCGAAAGAAACCAUCAAGUUGGUCUCAUGGCUUCGAUAUACUCGCAGUGUUCUUCCGUCACUAUAUGGCUUGAAAGAUUUCACAGACGACCAAGGGCGCCUGUCAUCUUCAAUGACAUGAAGAGUGCCGAGGCGCUCGCUGUGAUAUUACAGCAACCCUAUUUUCUGCGACUCUGGAUUGUGCAGGAAGUUCUUCUCGCGCGCCGGAUCGAUAUUCUUUGUAGUCAUGCAUCAAUCGGCAAUGUGUGGAUUUGUUGGGAUGACAUGUGCAGGCUUGUCAAACAGUCGCAGCCAGCUCUCGAGAUGCUCAAUGUCCCUACGCCUGCUCUAUCGCUACUCAAUAAUUACAGUAUUGGAACCACAUGGCCUCUGCUGGGUGCGUUCUUCUCUUUCGGUGCGGGCUACUGUCAGGAUCCACGAGACAAGAUCUAUGGUUUAAUGGGGCUCGUCAAGACUGAACACCGUUUGGAAGUCGAUUACCGGAAGUCACUUUACGAAGUCCUCAUAGAUGUUGUGAAGCUGUGCGACAAAAUUUACAAACACACCUUUGACGCCUCUGGAAAGCGGUUGUAUUGGGAAGAAUGCAAUCCUCCCCUGUCACCAGCUCAAAACAUUGUCACGUCCACCACUCGCUCACAAGAUCCCAAAUUCCUAUUCCAAAUGUACGACACACGAAUAAACCCUACACCCCCACCGCGAAUCGCAGCGCCCGCCCCCUUUCAAAAAAGCAGGGAAGCGUAA